AUGGCAUAUGCUCCUCAUCCAUACACGGUCAUGAAUGCUCAAUCUUAUGUCCGCCCACAACAACAAGCCCACCGUAACCAAGCCCUAUUUCCUAGAAAUCAACCUCCUUACCACAACCACUACAACCCCCGUCCUUCGCAAAACAAUUUUCCCCCUCGUGAACCACCUAAAAGGCCAAAUUUUACACCAAUCGGCGAGUCCUACUCCGGCCUUUUCCCAAAGCUUGUCCAAAUGGGUCUGCUACAGCCGGUUCCUCAAACUAGGCAAAACCCAACAUCUCCCGCUUACAGAGCUGGUGCCCGAUGCGCCUAUCACUCAGGGGCAGAAGGGCACGACACUGAUGAUUGUUGGACUUUGAAGAGAGCAGUGGAGAAUUUGAUAGAACAAAGAAAGAUAGUGCUAAGGGAUGAGGAUGUCCCCAAUGUGACUAAUAACCCACUGCCAGCCCACAACAACGGACCGGUAAUUGGGAUGAUUUGUGAGGAUAAAGAAUUUAACCCAGCAUUGAAUGCCAUCAUUGCCAUUGCUGACCCAGAAAAGAAACCAAAAGCUGCCCCGAAGCAAGACAAAGGGGAGGAAAAGAGCAAAAUCACCCCUCCAAAAUCAGAAAAGAAAGUCGAAGUGGGAAUUGGGUUAACACCUUCCAAAGAUGUUGUUCUCUCUGUCCCUCAGGGCCGCAAAGAAAAACAGAUGACUUUGAGUCCUCCUAGAAGAUUCGAGCUAAACAAGGCAACCCAAAUGUAUGUGCCCAAGGGAGCUUAUGUGAUGCGGGGGCCAAUUAAUCCUCCAAGGCUGAGUGAGCCCGUGGUUAUUGGCCGCGCACCGCAAAAGCCCAUGACGGAUCCUACCGCUGUGCCCUGGAAUUACAACAAAAUGGUGGUGACCUAUAAGGCCAAAGAAAUCUCAGGAGAAGUCCAAGAAAAUAACCCCGUUGAAAAGUAUUCUAACUUGGAAGAGGUGAACAAUGCCAAUCAAAAACGCUUCCCAUCUAAGAAGCCCGUGAGCGCCGAAGAAGCGGAUACUUUCUUUCAAAAGAUGAAAAUGGCAGAUUAUGAGGUGAUCGACCAGCUUCGAAAAUUUCCUGAACAAGUCUCCUUGUUGGCUUUGCUGAUGAACUCCCCCAAACAUCAGAAUGUAUUGAUCAAGACCUUUAACGAAGCAUAUGUUCCUAUUGAAACUUCUAUAGAAAAGUUGGAGAGGAUGACAGAAAGUUUUUUCUCAACUAACCAGAUUUCCUUCAGCAAAAAUGACUUGCCUCCAGAAGGGGCCGCGCAUAACAAAGCCCUGCACCUGACAGUCAAAUGCGAAGGGUACUAUGUGAAAAGGGUUAUGUUGGACGGAGGCUCUAGGGUAGACAUCUGCCCACUCUCGACUCUACAGCGCAUGAAAAUUGGGACUGAAAGAAUUCGGCCCAAUAAUGUCUGUGUACGGGCUUUCGAUG